AUGAUGGCGGAUACUAACAUCGCCAACUUGCCCAUCGAAGGAUUGCGAGCAGUCAUGCGUGGCAUUUUGGCGAAUAGACCGGACUGCACUCCCGUCUUCGAGGAGCAGACCAGACAUUACUUGGGAGAAACGGCGUCUCAAUUUUUGAAUGUCACCGUGAUUGAUCAGGCAUCGGAUGGAUCAUUCCAGACGACAAGUGCCUUCCAUCAACUCCGCAAACGCAUUUGCUGCAUGGUAGGAUGCGGUAUGUGCUACCAAGCCAUUCCUCUCUUGCAAGAAAUCGUCGAGCAAGUUUCGACGAUUAAGCUCGGGCCGGGCCAGUCGGCUAUUGUGGACCAGAUUGCUGGUGUUGAUGGAGACAUAAUCCAGGCCAUCACCGCCGUUCAGAAGACCCUCUUUGUGGAGUCAGGGUCUCGGGAUCUAUCUGACACCGAAAGAGCCCCUCUUGAGGCGUUGUUGACAUCUCUCACCGCUUGCAAGGCUGCCUGGGCCAAGAACGCACUGCCCUUUGUGUUGGAAAGAGGUCUUGAGGCUACUAUAGAUCUAGUGAACCCUGCUCUGGCAUCGGCCCCCGCGGGCAACGAUGACUCCUUUACAGAGAAGGCACCGCGUGCCAUCUCGGAGACCUUCCAGAUAGCAAGCUCUCAGCUUCCUCGCGUCUUCUCCGGUCUGUGGCAGUUGUCAAGUCCCGCAUGGGGAAGCGCACCUCGGUCCAAGAUCAUACAGCAAUUUUCAAAGCAUGUUGGAAGUGGUCUGACAGCUUUCGAUAUGGCUGAUCAUUAUGGCGAUGCAGAAAUCCUGUUUGGUCAAUACCGAUCGUCCAGCAAGUACUCCAGUUCCCUCUUCGCUGCAACCAAAUACUGCGUUUUCCACCCUAUGAAAGUGACCCGCGACGCCAUCCGCGCGAAGGUCGACGAACGCUGUCAAAGACUGCGCACCGAUAAGAUCGACCUUUUGCAGUUCCACUGGCAGUUCUACAAUGACCCCCAGUACAUUGAUGCUCUGAAAUACCUCCAACAGGACAGCCGAAUCCAGCAUCUUGGUCUCUGCAACUUCGACACAGAGCAUAUGGAGAAGGCGGUUGAGAGUGGAGUCAAGGUCUACACUAACCAAGUCCAGUUCUCCCUCAUCGACUCGCGUCCAACAGUCAAGAUGGUUGAGUUCUGCGAAAAGCACGACAUCAAGCUUCUCACCUACGGCACAUUGCUGGGUGGCCUUCUUGCAGAAAAGUGGGUCGGCCAAGCAGCGCCGGACCUAUACGCUGAGACAAUGACCCCGAGUCUUCGCAAGUACUUCGCCAUGAUCCAAAACUGGGGUGGAUGGGAUCUGUUCCAGGAACUCCUUCGCACAUUGCAGAGCAUUGGCCGCAAACACAACGUCUCCGUCUCAAAUGUCGCCACGCGAUGGGUUCUGGACUUCAAUUGUGUUGGUGCUGUGAUUGUGGGCGCACGUAUGGGUGUCAGUGAGCAAUCGGAAGAGAACUUGGCUAGUUUGGGUUGGUCGCUGGACGCAGAGGACCAGGGACUCAUCCAGGCGAUCUUGGACCGCAGUUCCCGAGCUGAGAUGUUUGAGAGCCUUGGUGACUGUGGAGGUGAAUAUCGAUGA